CCAUUUCUCUUUCGGUGAAAUUUCCUUCAUACUCAUCUCUCUCUUUCUCACACACACACAUACACACACACACUCUCUCUCUCUCUCUCUCUCUGAGCUCGAACCCUACCCAGUGUCUUUUCUCGCACAACUCUUAAUCUCAAUCGAAUUGGGUGUGAAUCAAAAAGCAGAGACAGAGAGAGAGGAUAUUAUAGCUGCAGAGCUCAGAUAGUUGAGGACCUGUGGUGUGUGAAGCGGUGCGUUUUUUGGGGUGGGACUUUUUUGAGAGAGACAAAGGAGAAAGAGGUUGAGCUAUGGAUGGUGAUUCGUGGAGCGCUCGGCUUUCUUCGGCUUCGAAGAGGUACCAGUCGGCUCUGCAAUCGCGAUCAGAUAUGUUCAUGGGAUUUGAAGAAAUUGAUGGUGAUGACGAUAUAAGGGAGGAGUUUCCAUGCCCUUUCUGUUCAGAGUAUUUCGAUAUUGUUGGACUGUGCUGCCACAUUGAUGAAGAGCAUCCUGUAGAGGCAAAGAAUGGGGUAUGUCCAGUUUGUGCAAUGAGGGUGGGGGUUGAUAUGGUUGCGCACAUUACCCUACAACAUGGAAACAUAUUUAAGAUGCAACGCAAGAGAAAAACACGUAAAAGUGGAGCACAUUCUACACUAUCUUUAUUGAGGAAAGAGCUGCGAGAAGGAAACUUUCAGUCCCUUUUUGGGGGGUCUUCCUGUAUAGUCUCUUCAUCCAAUGCAGCACCAGAUCCAUUGUUGUCAUCAUUUAUUUUGCCUAUGGCUGAUGAUUUUGUAAGUGCUCAACCUCAGUUUUCACCUGAAACAAGCUCAGUCAAGAAAAAAACAGAGCAGAAAGUGUCAGAGCGAAAUGUUCAGUCAUCUCCCUUUUCUAUCAAGGAUCAGGAAGAGAAGGCAAAAAGAUGUGAGUUUGUUCAUGGGCUGUUGUUGUCCACCAUUCUUGAUGACAAUUUAUGAAGAAAGUUCAUAAUGGCUGCUUAGUGGUAUUCAAAGUUACAACCAACAGCUCUGCAUCAACAUAUGGUUUGUUUGUAGUGAAUAUGCCAAUGUAUUAAAACCCAGAGUGUGGAAUAAGGUGUAGGAAUGAGUGUAAUUUAUGUUGCAUGUGAACUUUAGUUGCUAGGCCUGAAAUAUACUUUUAUAUCACCUUUCAAAUUCUGGUCAUAAAUUGAAAAAGAAAAAGUUGAGUUCUUCCUA